CAUGAAACCUUCAAAUAAAGCUUAGCCCAAAGAAAAAAAGAAAGAAAAAGAAACCCUGUUAAUUGGAAUCCAAAAUUCUUAUUUCUGUUGUUCUUGUUCUUAAAAACUAAUUCUGCUUCAAUGUCACUACUGAAGUUGCUUAUGCAUUUAUCUCCUUUCUUGGUUGCUCAUUUAUUCGUAUCAGGUGUUGUUUCAGCAACUUUAAGAAUAUUAAACAAUUGUGACUACACUAUAUGGCCAGGAAUAAACUCAACAUAUGAUCCAAGACCUCUCUUUUAUGUCACCCCGACGAUCCCAACUGGUUUUUCCCUUGGAAAGAAUGACUGGAAGGACAUAACAACCUCGGAUGAUUGGGCUGGUCGUUUAUGGGGUCGCACACAUUGCACUGAAGAUGAUACAGGAAGAUUCUCCUGCAUCACAGGCGACUGCGGCUCUGGCAAAAUAGAAUGUGCAACAGUGCCAGCUGGCUCGAGUCCUGCGACGAUGGCAGAGUUCAAGAUUAACAGAGAUGGACGAUAUUUUUUUAAUGUUAGUCUUCUUGAUGGCUACAACCUGCCUUUGCUUGUUCUGCCUUCUAAUAAGACCUGCAAAAAUGCAGGAUGUGUGGUGGAUUUGAACGGCGUUUGUCCUUCAGAACUUACGGUUAAUAGUUCUGAUGGGAAGAUUGCGGGGUGCCGCAGCGCGUGUGAGGCCUUUGGUUCACAGCAAUAUUGUUGUCCUGGUGUAUAUGAAACAACUUCGACUUGCAAGCCUACUUCUUACUCCCAGAAUUUUAAGAAAAAGUGUCCAAGCACUUACACCUAUCCUCUUGACGAUGAGACUGGUACCUUCAGUUGUGCAACAUCCGAUUACCAAAUUGUCUUCUGUGCAGGAAACACCACUGCAUAUUCUGCCGAACCGCCGCCAUCAUCGACUGUGAUAAUAGCACCACGCCAUUCCCCACGGCCAUCACCAACUGUGAUAAUAGCACCACGCCUUUCCCCACCGCCAUCACCAACUGUGAUAAUAGCACCAAGCCUUUCCCCACAAGUUAAAAAACCACCAAGCCCUUCGCCACAAGAAAUAAGGCCUAGAACUCGAAGAAGUUUGGUACCAAUUAUAGCAGGAGUUAUAGGUAGUGUUAUUCUUACCAUUUCUUUUGUAGUGAUUUUUAUUUUGAGGGCAAGAUGGUGUGGGAAGUCUGAACAAGAUCAGCAGGAUGUGGAAGAUGAUCAUAUAAAGCAUGUUCCAGGAACGCCUGUCAGGUUCUCAUACCAAGAACUAUACGUUGCGACUGAUAAUUUCAACGAGAGACUUGGAAGAGGAGGCUUCGGGUCUGUAUUCAAAGGAAAAUUGGGAGAUGGAACGCAAAUUGCUGUGAAGAGGUUGGAGAAACGAGGCCAAGGAAUGAGUGCUUUUUUAGCAGAAGCCGAGGCAAUUGGAAGUCUGCACCAUUUUAACUUGGUGAGGUUGAUUGGAUUUUGCGCAGAGAAAUCCUCUAGGCUUUUGGUUUUUGAGUAUUUGAGCAAUGGAUCGUUGGAUAGUUGGAUUUUUAUGAAUGUACAAAGACCUUUCCUUGAUUGGCAGACCAGGAAGAAGAUUAUACUCGACAUAGCAAAAGGGCUGGCGUAUCUUCAUGAAGACUGUCGACAUACCAUAAUACAUCUUGAUGUAAAACCACAGAACAUUCUUUUGGAUUCAAGUUUCCAUGCCAAAAUCGCUGAUUUUGGGUUAUCCAAGCUAAUCAAUAGAGAUAUGAGCCAGGUUCAAAUCUCAAUGAGAGGAACACCGGGAUAUCUUGCUCCAGAAUGGCGUCAACCAUUAGGUCGUAUUACGGUAAAAGUUGACAUAUAUAGCUUCGGAAUUGUCCUCCUUGAAAUAGUUUGUGCACGCAGAAAUGUAGACCAAUCACAACCAGAAUCUGCCUUUCAUUUGCUUACAAUGUUGCAGAAGAAAGGUGACCAUCAAGAUGGAGUAAUAGACAUUGUGGAAAAUUUGGAUGAAUACACGCGGAGUGAUAGAGAGGAAAUAACGAGGAUGAUAAAGGUUGCUGCUUGGUGUUUGCAAGAUGACCCAGAAAGAAGACCUCUCAUGUCAACAGUUUUAAAAGUGUUGGAAGGUGUUACGGAGGUAGAUUCAAACAUCAAUUAUCGGUUUUCGCAUGCAAUGAUAGCUUCUCCAGCUGGUAACAACCAUAUUUCUUCAGCACCUCCUCCAGCAUCUGUUCUUUCCAAUCCUAGAUGAUGUGGUUGUAAGACUCUCUCUUCUGGCAGAAAUAAAAUUUAUCAUGCUUCUUGUCGCUUCUGCUACUUUUCCAUCAUGCUAUCCUAAGCUAACCACAACUUUUUUAGCACUUGUCUAGCAAGGUAUUGACAUGUCUCAAGUAGUUUGCCGGUGUACUGGAGUAUAGUCUUCAGAAUUUUCAACAUUUGAUUAUUCAAAGUCGUUGGCUCCUUGACCAGGCACUAUGAGAGUUUUU